UUGAGGAGAGUUUAGGAGGGACCGAAGAAGAGAAUGCAGCAGAGUGAGAGAGGCCUUUAAGCAUUUUGAGGAAUCAGAGAAUCUGUGGGGAGAAGCUGAAGUUUCGGGCUUUUUGUAGAUUUCUCCUUUUGCCUAAGGAAAAGAGAAGAAGGAAGGAAGAAAAAGGGAUGGAUCUAAAAGUUGUUCUCUUCCCCAUAUCAUUUCUCAUAUUGUUGAUUCCUGAUGAAGAUGGCUUCUUUUAGGUCGCAGUUUCACUACAAGCAUAAGGCACCGGCCGUUCUGGAUAUUUCUCUUUUACGUAUUUGUUUUGUUCAACUUAUAGCAUGAAGGAAAAGAGUGUUAGAGGAUCCUGGUUCUUACCACUAUAAAUGAUUGUUUGAGCUUAUUGAGACUUUCUUGUAAGAAGCUGCUUUGAGAGGAAGCUGGACAUGAGUAUGUUGGAGGGGACAUGCUUGAGCCAAGGGAAGCUGAUAUACCUGCCUUGUUUUUGGUAUUGGUUGUGCUUCCUUUGGUUACUUAUAUCUUACUUGGAAAGUGGAAUGAGUCUGCAAAGAAGAAGGAGAGGAUAAGCGUGCUAGCUCAGUUGGCAGCUGAAGAGGCCUUCCGUGCAGAGGCAAUGGCUGCUGCCAGUGUUAUUCCUGUUGUUCCAUCUUUAAAGGUUGGGUUUCAUGAAUGUGCAAGAUGCUUUGGUCCAGCUACAACCCGUUGCUCCAGAUGCAAAUCUGUUAGAUACUGUUCUGGGAAGUGUCAGAUAAUUCACUGGAGGCAAGGCCACAGACAAGAAUGCCAGCAAUUGGAGAUCCUGAGCUCAAAUUCAUCCCCUAAGCCUGUUGCAGUUGAAGAUUCUGUUGAUGAGAGAAUUUUACUAAAUGAAAACCUCAACAAACUAUUCUAUGGGUAUGAAACUAAGCAGCCUAUGCCAGAAAAUGUUUCUUCAGGCAGACCAAAUCAUGCUCCAACUACCACAGCUAUUGCUUCUACCACCACCACCACCACUACAGUUGAUACAUCUGAGGUUUCAACGUUGGAGCGAAAGGUUCCAGACAAGCGGUCCUGUAGUAGAUCCCAAAGAGAACUCUUGAGAAGAGAGGACACAGCAGUAUUUGGAUCAUCCCUAGAAGCAUACAGCAGUAAGGUCAUUGAUCCAACAUUGUCUAAUGCUAUUCCAUUGAAGGAUGCUUCUUUAAAGCUUAAGUCAGGAAAUGAUGGCCUAGUUGCAUCUUCAGAAGAAACUUCAAGAAAGCAUCUUGUCAACAAUCCUGUGCUUGUCCAUGGAAGGAGUGUUCCAAGAAACAAUUUGCAUGAAAAUCACAAGUUAAGAGGAGAUACUGGAUGUUCAUUUCAAACAAGCACUGACUCCCCUAUUUCAAGCUCCUUAGAGAACAAUGGGGCUAGUACAGGUGAAGCCGAGAUAGGCUUCACUUCAGACAGAGGCAAUAUCCUUAGGGAGGGAUUGGCUUGUAAUGACGAAACAGCAUACUUUAACUCUUCUCCUGAAAUGAUCUUAGGUAAGACAAGCAGAAAAUCAAAGGGAAAGUCAAAUUCUUUAGAACCCAAAUGUUCAGGCUCACCAAGAUCAGCAAUGAAAGCAGCAUCAAGAGAAAAUGUAAAUUCAGGGACAGACAGGAAGGGGAGCAUGGCAAAUGAAUCAAAAAUCCAUCAAGUAAAUCCUUCCAUGAAUGCCCAUGCACAAAACUGCAAUGGUGUCUCAGAGAUUGGAAUUAUGAAAAUGAUGGGCCUAAAGAAGUCACCUAAAGUUCCUAGGCAGAGUGUCACUGGGGCUAUUAGUGAUACACAUAAGAGAAAUAAGGUUCUUUUCCCCUAUGAAGAAUUUGUAAAGUUCUUUCAAUAUGAAGUCUGGGACUUGUCUCCUAGAGGUCUUUUAAAUUGUGGGAACAGUUGCUAUGCUAAUGCCGUAUUGCAAUGUUUGACCUGCACAAAGCCCCUCAUUGUGUACUUGCUUCGGAAAUCACAUUCAAGAACCUGCUGUGUGAAAGAUUGGUGCCUCAUGUGUGAACUUGAGCAUCAUGUCAUGAUGUUAACAGAAGGUGGAGGUCCUUUGUCUCCCAACCGAAUCCUUUUGCAUAUGAGAAACAUUGCUUCUCGUAUGGGUGGUGGAAGUCAGGAAGAUGCUCAUGAAUUUCUAAGGCUUCUAGUCGCUUCUAUGCAAUCUAUAUGCCUUGAGGUAGUGGGUGGUGAGAAGCAUGUUGAUUCAAGGUUGCAAGAAACGACAUUCAUACAACAUACAUUUGGCGGUCGCCUUCGAUCAAAGGUUAAGUGCCUGAAAUGUCAUCAUGAAUCUGAACGAUAUGAGAACAUUAUGGAUCUUACAUUGGAGAUACUUGGUUGGGUGGAGUCACUGGAGGAUGCACUUACUCAAUUCACUGCAGCUGAGGAUUUGGAUGGAGAAAACAUGUACAGAUGUGGAAGGUGCGCGACAUAUGUAAAAGCCCGAAAGCAAUUGAGCAUACAUGAGGCACCCAACAUAUUGACAAUAGUUUUGAAGAGAUUUCAGAAGGGGAAAUAUGGCAAAAUAAACAAAUGUAUUACCUUCCCAGAUAUGCUGGACAUGAUCCCAUUCAUGACUGGAACAGGCGACAGCCCUCCACUUUAUAUGCUUUAUGGUGUUGUUGUGCAUUUGGAUACAUUGAAUGCAUCAUUUUCAGGGCAUUAUGUGUCCUACGUGAAAGAUAUGCAUGGAACGUGGUUAAGGAUAGAUGACACAGAGGUCCAGCCAGUGCCAAUUAGUCAGGUGAUGUCUGAAGGUGCAUACAUCCUAUUCUAUUCAAGGUCUUGCCCACGACCUCCAAGAGCUUGUUCUGGGAAAGCUACCUCACUGCAAUCUCCAUCUUCUGCAAGGCAUUGUACAUCCAAAACUCAAAAAUCAUUAAGACCGGUGGAACCCAAUUCCAGCUGCCAUUCGUUUGCCUCAGAAUUUCCAUCAGGUCCCAGACCAGAAAUUUGUAUGGGUGCUUGCAACAGAAACUCCAACAGCACUCUAAGGAGUACAAACAUGAAUGUCUUGCCUGUGAGAGAAAUCUAUGCUGAGUCAACUAGCACAGAAUUUUCAGAUGCCACAUCCAGUGAUUGGUCCCAUUUUACGAGCUCAGAUGAAUCAUCAUUUACUACUGAGAGUACGAGAGAUUCAUUCAGUACUGUGGACUAUGCUGACUUCAAUCUUGAUUCCAUUUCCUCCAUAUUCAAUACCUUUUAUCCAUCGGAUUACUCUUCUCACAACUCUAUUUCCUCUAGAAGGUUCUCACAUAGUAAGCCGCAGAUACAAUUCCAUUCAGAAGACAAAGGUUUUGUUUUGGACUCGUCCAUGUCAACCCAUCCCCUUGACAGUGUACAGAAUGGAAAGAAUCCAAAACAGGUCAGCAUUUUUUCGACCGAACCUUUUCCUUCUGUUGGCAACUGCGGUGUAUUUGUAAAAUAUGGGACUAGUCCCAAAGAUAGUUUUGCUCAAACAUCUGGUCAUUGUCAACACUAAUUUUUAUAAUCUUGUAGUUAUGGGAAUUCCCAUCUGAUGAAAUAUAUCACUUUUCCAGAGACUAACCAUGCCUCA